AUGAAUCAACCUAUUCAAGAUAAUGUGUGUCUUUUAUUGAAAUCAGAGAGCACUUAUUCAUAAAUCUAACCAUACCUCGAUAAAAUAAAGGAAAAAGAUCAGUAAGUAAUCCAAUAAUCUAGAAAAUUUUAUGAACCCAUUUGCCAAGCUAUUAUAUCUGUUUUUUUUGAGUAAGAACCAAUUCAAUGUUUUCAAGCAGCUCGAAUGGCAAAAGAAGCAAUAGAAAAACAGAACCUAGACUUUUUAACAGUCUUUCAAAAUGUUUGUCUGAAGUCUUAUGAAUAAUUGGCAGAAGAUACGUUGAAUGUGAGACUGGCUGACAAAGCAUCUUAGUUUUUUAACAAGAGUGGCAGCGAUAUGAAUUUUGGGAAGAGCUUCUUCCAUUUGAUUUUAGAGAGUAUUGAAAAUUGGGCGAGACUAUAUCCUAAAAAAAAUGAUGGAAUCACUCCAACAUUAUUCUAUUAAACUUAUCAAAAUCUUCUUAAUAAAGGAAUAAAAUUUCCUUAAGCUAACUACUUUAAAGAGCAAUAGUCAAUAAAAAAUAAUUACAAUAACCAAAAAUUAGAAAUAUUGAAAGAUCUAUAAUAAUAAAUUAUGGCGAUGAAAUAAUUACAUGAAAUAGAAUUAACUGAUCAAUAGUAAUAGAACAACUUGAAAAUAUUUGAACUGUAAGAAUAAUUAUAAUAUUUCUAAAACAUGCAGCCAAUAUUAAAGGGAUAAAUAGAAGAAUUAUAAAAAAAAGAAGAAAAAUAUAAGAAAGACUUUGAAUACAAUCAAUAGAAAUUGAAAUAAUUGGAAAGUGAACUAAGGAAUAAUAAAUUGAAUGGAUAAUAAUACUUAAACGAAUAAUUAGAGAAAUUAAAUCUAGAAUCUUAAAUAUAAGAGCUUUAAAAAUAGAUUUAAGAACUUGAAAAAAAUAAUUCUAUUUUGACUGAGAAAUUAGAAAAAUAAGGGAAUGGAAGAUAAAUUUAAAAUAAUUAAUAUUGUUUAAAUUAGCUCAAUGAACAAUAAAUAGACAACAUGAAUCUCAAGAAGGAAUUGGAGAAAAAAGAAGCAGAAAUCAAAGAACAAAAAUUUACUUGUUUAGAAUAAGCUUAAAAUAUUAACUAAUUGAAGUUAUAAUUAAAAGCAAGAGAGAAGUUGAACUAGGAUAUAGCUUUAUCAAGAAAUUAGGAUUAAGAAUAACUGAUAUCAAAAUUAUAAUAAAAUAUUGAGAACUUAAAAAAAAAUAUUGAAUUACUUGAAGGAGAAAAUGGAUCUUACUAAUUUUAUUAAUAAGAGUAAUAAAAGAGGAAUUAGAAACUUGAAGAAUAAUUGUUAAACGCAUAAUAAAAAUUACAAGUUUCGGAAAAUAAGAUUAAAGAAUUACAAUCAUAAUUAGAUUAAUUAAAGUAAAUAUCUCCAGCCAGAACUAAUUCUAAUUCUGCCAAAAUAUUAAUCCAAGAAAGAAAACCUACUUAAUAUUAGAAUUUCUUCUUUCCUGAGGCAUAGUAAAAUCAAUAAUUUUUUAAUCCGCGAUUUUAAUUUAAUGAAGAUUUAAUUAGUUUGUUUACAAGACCAAAACCUAUUGAAGUAGAGAAAGUUAAUCCGUCGGAUAUCUAUCCUCAUUAAACAGCAGAGGAAUAUUAUUCUAAAGCACAAAAUAAAUAAAAUAAAGGUUAAGAAGUUGUUUUUAAAAAUUUAAUUAGCCAGUUGAAAGAUUUGUCUCAAAAAAAUUAAUGUCUCUCUUAAAUGUUCCACAUUAAUAGAACUACAUAUUACUUCAUUGAUAAACCCUCAAUUUUUGUGGCAAUUAUAAAAUAGGUUUAAAAAUAAGGGGAAUAAAACUAAGUUAAAUUUGGAGUUUAUUUCAAAACUGAUGAAUAAACUAUCAAUUUAUCAGGAAAAUUUUUAAAUUUACAAAAAAUGUUAAAGUAUUUUUCAUCUUCCUAAAAAGAUUUUAAUGUUACUCUAGAAACAUCAUCUUAAUAAUAAUAAAAAUAAUACCUACUUGAGUAUUAAAUCAAUGAUGAUUGUGAAGAUAUCUCAGAACUCCCUGUUCUGGAAAUAAAAUAUAAAGGAAAAGUGUAAUAACUGUUUCUUCCUAUGCCAAUAUAAAGUUUCAUUGAAUUUUCACAGAUAACUUAGGAUGAUUUUAAAGCAUAUUGGAAGUAACUUUCUAUCUUCAGAUCAAAAAAAUUCUGUUAUAAUCUUUUGGUUUUACCAUCUUAUUAAAGCAUUACAAAUAUCAGCACAAAAUUAAUUCUAAUCAAUGAAGACAAACUUAAGUCAUAUUUAUAAGGAAUUGAUGAAAUAAAAUAUGGAGCAAAAUUUAAGAUAUUAGGCUCUUAAUUGAAAGGAUUAAUUAAAUUUGAGCUUAUUCCUUAAAAUAAGAUUGUUAUUUACGUAGGAAUUAAGAAGGAGUAAACUCAAUAAUAUUAGGUACUUGCGACAAAAAUAAUCAAUUAUUUUAACUCAAUGUUUUAGAUAAUAUGA